CACCUUUUCUUCUUCACUCGUAACUGGCGGCGCCGCUCUCUACCCCCUUUCUUCUGCCUGCUGCUUCCUAACCCGCGGCCCCAUGGACCUCGAUCCUCGUCAAUACGAAAACAUUGCUAUAAAUGAUGAUGACAUCCAUAGUAUUAUUCUGUCAUAUCUUAUACACAAUUGCUACAAAGAAUCAGUGGAGUCAUUCAUUGCUUGCACUGGGAUGAAGCAGCCAGCAAAUUAUAUGGAAAACAUGGAGAAAAGAAAAAGAAUCUUUCACUUUGCACUAGAAGGAAAUGCACUUAAGGCUAUUGAGCUUACUGACCAGAUGGCACAGGAAAUUUUACAAAAUAAUAAGGAUUUACACUUUGAUCUUCUAAGCCUUCAUUUUGUGGAGCUCAUAUGCUCUAGAAAAUGCUCAGAAGCCUUGGAGUUUGCACAGACCAAGUUGAGCCCUUUCGGAAAGGAGAAAAAAUAUAUGGAAAAGCUUGAAGACCUCAUGGCUCUUCUUGCUUACAAGGACCCAGAGAAGUCCCCAAUGUUUCAUCUUCUUAGCUUAGAGUAUCGACAGCAGGUCCCCCCCCCCCUUUUUUUUCUCUUUCUCCAACACUUGAACCUUCCCAGCUACACAGCAAUGGAAAGGCUAAUACAACAAACUACGGUGGUCAGGCAAUGCUUAAAUCAAGAGGCUGGCAAGGAUGGCCCCACGCCAUUUUCUUUCAAGGAUUUCCUCAAAAGUUGAUGGAAAAUAGUCAAAUAUCUAAAGGCAAAUGAGAGAUGAAGCACCUUUACCCUAAGCAUUUCUUGCCACAUUAUUGGAUUGGUGUAUGGUUUGAUCAUAGGGUUUAGGCUAUCUUGAUCUUUGUGAUGGGCCCACACUUUUGUCGUGGACGAAUGAUACAUGAGUGACCAUAGCUAAAAUUGCAUUUGGGUUGGUAGCAAAUUGAGGAAAUUCUUGUUUGGAGCAAUUGAUCUAAUAUGUGGCCCAAUAUCACCUGUCAUAAUUUUCCUUAAUUUAGAUUAUUUUCAAUGCAUGCUCUGAUAUUUGAUGUAAAAUGCAUCUGCAUUUUUCUGAGUUUGCGACAGGAUAGGAAAGGUAGAUUUAAGACAAUGUUAGUGCUUGCCUUCAAUGCCUGUGUGUUAGAACUUAGAAGUAUCAGUGUUGUGGAAUGUUUCUUAUAUAUGUGCAUGGAGGGAAUGGAUGCUAUCAUGUGAAAGUUUCAUAUGACUUUCUCAUUUGUUAAUUUUUCAUAUUAGUUAAAUAUAUACAAUGAAUUUCUUUAUUUGGAUAUAAA